CCUUUUUUACUUCCUUUCCCAUUUUUAGCAGAAAACGGGAAAAAGAACAAAGCAACGGUACUCCAUAGCCAUAACUGAAAAUCGAAUCUAGGAUCCUCACACCGAUAUUACAGCAAAAUAAUAAAAAAGCUUUGAGAAAUUGUAUUCAUGUAAUCAAUUGGGUGUUUUUUUUCUUCUUUUUGUGGGAAAUGGCACUGAGGAAUGUAACUUUGGCUCCAAUUAUUCCUUCAUCUUCUUGUUCUUGUUGUUUCUUCUUCACUCGAAGCUCUAAUCAGAGUGAGAUUUUAGGGUUCGAAACCCUAAUCAAAUCUAACGGCUGUCCUUUUCCCACUGUGAGAAAACGCUGGAGAUCCAGCGCUAUCGACACUCGCGUCGGCAUUGUCGAGAACGCGCCGGUUUCCUCUUCUUCCUCCUUUUCCUCCUCCCGCACUGCAACCGUCGCCGGAACCGCCGCCGUUGAUAUCCCGGUGAGUUGUUACCAGCUGAUCGGCGUUUCGAGUCAAGCUGAGAAAGACGAGAUUGUGAAGUCGGUGAUGAAUUUGAAGAGCGCUGAGGUCGACGAUGGCUACACCAUGGAUGUUCUCGUUUCUCGUCAGGAAGUUUUGAUGGAUGUGAGGGAUAAGCUGCUUUUCGAAACAGAAUACGCUGGAAAUGUGAAAGAAAAGAUUCCACCGAAAUCUUCACUUCGAAUUCCAUGGCGUUGGUUGCCUGCUGCUCUUUGCCUUCUUCAAGAGGUAGGAGAAGAGAAGCUCGUUCUGGAACUUGGGAGGGCAGCUGUUCAGCGUCCAGAUGCUAAGCCAUAUAUUCAUGAUUUGCUUCUAUCGAUGGCACUAGCUGAGUGUUCAAUUGCAAAGAUUGGUUUCCAAAAGAACAAGGUGUUUGAAGGAUUUGAAGCUCUUGCUCGUGCUCAAUGUCUUCUCAGGAGUACAAAAUCUCUUCGACAAAUGACAUUGUUAUCUCAGAUAGAAGAAUCUUUGGAGGAGCUUGCACCUGCAUGCACGUUGGAAUUAUUAGGCUUGCCUCAGUCACCUGAAAAUUCUGACAGGCGACAAGGAGCAAUUGCAGCCUUGCGUGAACUGGUCAGACAGGGGCUUGAUGUAGAAACAUCUUGCCAGGUCCAAGAUUGGUCAAGCUUCUUGAGCCAAGCACUUAGUAGGCUGUUGGCCUCAGAAGUAAUUGAUAUUCUUCCCUGGGAUGAUUUAGCAAUUGCAAGGAAGAAUAAGAAAUCAAUUGAAUCACAGAAUCAAAGGGUUGUUAUUGAUUUUACCUGUUUCUACAUGGCAUUGAUUGCUCAUAUUGCUCUUGGAUUUUCAAGCAGGCAAACUGACUUGAUUAACAAAGCAAAAACUAUAUGUGAGUGUUUGAUCACAUCUGAGGGUAAUGAUCUAAAGCUUGAGGAGGCUUUCUGCUUGUUCCUUCUUGGACAGGGAAGUGAGGCUGAGGUUAUUGAAAAGCUUCAACUGCUUGAAUCAAGUUCAAAUCCUGCUCCCAAAAAUUCUAUCACAGGAAAGGAGAUAAGAGGCAGUUCUAGUACUAAUUCUUCAUUGGAAAUGUGGCUGAAGGAUGCUGUGCUUUCUCUGUUUCCUGAUACAAGAGAUUGUUCUCCAUCUUUGGCUAACUAUUUUGGUGGUGAAAGGAAAGCUCCAGGGAUCAGGAAAAAUAAGGGAGCUCCUCAAACCAUGGCCAAUCUAAGCCAUAGAUCACUAUCUACUGCUCUUGCAUCGGAGAGGCGAGACUUUGAGGAUUCUCUUUGCCGUAUGAAAUCUUCUCUACAUAUCACGUCAACUGUUAAACAAUUAGCACCAACCGAUUUGCAGGGCUCAUUGGUACCUGGUGACAAUAGCAGUGGAAGCAAUGUUACUGCAGCAUCUGUUCAAUUGAAAAGAAAUUUUGGAGUAAACCAGAAUAAAGCUUGGGAAAGCUGGUUGUUCCAGAGGAAUGUGACUGAAGGAUUAACUUUUGUUGCUGUAUUAGGGUGCAUUGUUUUCACUAGCUUUAAGCUAUCAGGAAUGAGAUUAAGUGGGGUCAGGCACAUGUCAAUAUGGGCCCCCAGUAAACCACGUAUGAACAUAAGCUCCAUUACCCGUAAAGGAGAUUCUUCCUUAGAUUACGAUGUAGGCUCUGCUCAUAUCAAGGGAAGUGGUAUUGGUGGCAGGAUAACUAAACUUUUGGAAUUGGCUAAGGUUCAAUUCAGGAACCCUUCAGACGCUCGAAAUUUACAAAGUUCCUGCCUUCCUGCUAGUUUGUCAACCUCCAUUACAGCAGUGGACAGGAAGCAAAUGUCUGUAGAAGAAGCUGAAGCUCUUGUCAGGCAAUGGCAAGCGAUUAAAGCCGAAGCUCUGGGACCUAGCCAUCAGGUUAAUAGCCUCUCUGAAGCCCUUGAUGAGUCGAUGCUAAUUCAGUGGAAAGCUUUGGCUGAUAUGGCAAGAGCUAGAUGUUGUUAUUGGAGAUUUGUUUUGCUGCAAUUGACCAUUCUGCGAGCUGACAUUCUGUUGGAUAGAAAUGCUAGGGAGAUGGCUGAAAUUGAGGCUCUCCUAGAGGAAGCAGCAGAGCUUGUUGAUGAAUCUGAGCCAAAGAAUCCUAAUUAUUACAGCACUUAUAAAAUCCGUUAUAUUCUUAAAAGGCAGGAUGAUGGAUCAUGGAAAUUUUGCGGAGGUGACAUUGAAACACCUUCGUGAUACAGCAUUCUGGAAAAUGUAGAACAAGCCACGACCAGUUGACCACUAAUCUUCUCUUAACUUAGUUUCUAGUCUUGAAACUUUGCCCCGAGGAUGAAACCUACGACUUUAAAAGCAGAUCUCCAAGGCAGGCAGGGUUGUGAUGAAAUUUCAGUUUGGUGAGCCGUCGUAUCUCGUUAGUGGUAGGGAUUGCCAUUGCCUUGAUUCUAACAGAUAACAGUUUGUAAAUGUCGAGAAACCUUUGAGAACCUAAUAUCCAUUUUUUCAUUGUAAAUGCGAGUUUUGCAGACUUGGGGUUAUAUAAGGGAUGUAUGAGUAGUGAAAAUAGAGCCCAAUUCGUUUUCGAAA